AUGGUUAUGCUGUUGAGGUCUAUCAGUGGUUUGAGGCCUCAUAUACGUUUGUUUGCCUCCUGUGGCAUCCAGCAGAGAUGGAUUUCAUGCUUUCCAUCAAGUUACCGCAUGAAUAAAAUAGUUUUGCUCAGUUUUAAACCUUCACAACUAUGUUCAAGGGCUUCUCCCUGUUAUUUUAAUUCAGGUCAACCGUAUCUCACCCAUGUUCAGGAGAACAAACGUGCAGAAUCUCUGGGCAACAUUCCUAAACUGAAAGUAGACGCUUUCAAAGUUGAAACUGCAGUUCCGACGGUGCAGAAAGGUACUUCUUUGGAUUCUAGUGCCCAGCCGCCAAUUAAGCAACCUGAUGAAAAUAAUGAUGGAAAACAAACUUCGAUCCAGAUUUAUUGGGUUAAGAUCCGAAAUUGGGUCGUGUCAUUUCCGUCACGUGCACGAUCGGUGGUCAAGCAUUAUUACCAUGGGUGUAAACUAUUUUUUUUGAAGUCGGAAUCGCCUCAGGGAUUUUAUUCAGAGUUUUACGAGGUCACUCACUAA